AAUUUGAACGGGAAGGACCUCGCGAAGAUCCGCGAGGAGCGCAUGAAGGAGAUGAAGGACCGCAAGGCCGAGGAGGCGGAGUGGAGCCGCAACGGCCACGGCCACCUCACGCAGCUCACGGAAACCAAAGAGUUCUUCGCCGCGUGCAAGAACAGCAAGCGCCUCGUCUGCCACUUCAUGCGGCCGACGAGCCACCACUGCGUCGCGCUCAACGGCCACAUGGCCAAGCUCGCGGCGCUCCACCGGGAGACGCGGUUCUGCAGCUUCGACGCCGAGAAGUCGCCGUACCUCUGCGACAAGAUCCUCGCGGAUCCCGAGGGCAACGUGCUCAUCCCCACGGUCGUCCUCGUCGUCGAGGGCAAGGUCACGUACCAGAUCCGGGGCCUCGCGGAGCUCGGCGGCGAGCAGGUCAACUGCGAGAUCAUGGCGGCCGUGCUCCAGAUCCACGGCCUC